AUGGCUUCCUAUACCCGAGGUUCAUUUAAUAAGUUUUACGAGAAAAUUCGUCAGCUUUUAACAGUGAAUCCAGAAACAAACACGGGUGUUCCCUUAACGGGGAUAUAUCGUACUCCAGCCCCUGGAUCUCAACCAAGGGAUUAUGUUCGACCAUUAACCAAACAUUCAGAUUUGGCUCAGAAUUAUUACUUUAACCGAGACGCCCGACGAAACUAUCCACGUUUAGCCGUUUAUACUCAACAAGAUGUUGCCGGAUUAAUCACGGCUUCUCAUUUAAAAAGCAUCACGGCCGGGGAACAGGAAUCCAGCGAAUCAACCCAGAUAACCACUAUUCCCGAGAAUAUCACCCUGACCGAAGCAAUUGCAUUUGUACCGCCAUUAUAUAGUGCCAACAAGUUACCACCAGUUCCUAUUACUCGUUCAACGUAUGACUGGAAAAAUUCUGAUGAUGCUGAGAUGCCUGAGGAUAAUAACUGGACCAUGCGAAUGGUAUCAUAA